GGAAACGGUCGCCUAUGAAUAGGCGGCUACUGCGGGGCCAUGGACAAGUCGAGCCCCGAGUACAAGGAGGCGCUGCACGAACAUGCGCGGACGCUGGGACUCGACCCGAUCCAAGAAGCACAAUAUCUCUGGAUCGUGGAGGAGGCGCUAACAGCGCCGCUACCUGACGACUGGGAGCAAGGCGAGACGGACGAUGGCACGAUCUACUACUUCAACGUCAACAGUGAAGAGAGCAUUUGGGAGCACCCGAUGGACGGCCACUACAAGGAGAUGAUUGCGAAGAAGAAGGAAGAGGACGCCAAGAAGCUCGCAUUCAAUAGCGCGCCCAAGAAGGAUCUCGGCCGGCGCCAGACGUCGGUGCAUGAAUUCGACAUGGUCGACACGAUCGAAGACAUCACUUCCAACAAGCCAGCGCCGGUCACGAGCGCCGGAUCGGCCUUUGGGAAAGACUCGAAGGCGUGGCUUCUCGACGACGAAGACGACUUUGAUGUGCCGUCGCCAACGCCGAUGCCCAAAAGUUUUAGCAUCGUGUCAUCCAUCAAAAAGACAGAGGAGCACACGGUAGUGUCGAAAGCGGUGCCGACGCCGACGCCACUGCUCUCGACGCCCAUGGCACCGACAGUGACAACGACGGCAACGACAGCGAUCAAGACAAUGGGCAGCACCGUACCUACGAGUACCAACAAGGAGGCCGAGAAACAGAUCGAAACCCUUCGCGCCGAGAUCGCCCAGCUCAAAAAGAGCCAUGAGACGGCUGAGAAGCAAGCCAAGACCACGCGUGACAAACUCAACCAAGAGAACGAGACGCUGCGUCGGGGAAAGGAGGCCGCCGAGACGGAAGCAAAAGAAGCCAACUACCUGCGCAUGAAGAUCAACGAGCUCAAAACCAAGGUCGCAGCGCUCGAGGCGCAGACAACAAAGGGCGAUCCGGACGCGUCCCGUGCCCUCGACGGGCUUCGCGCUGACGUGGACGCCAAGACCAAAGAAAUAGCCGAGGCGCAAGCGCAGCUCGAAACAGCCAAAGACGAGCACAGUCGCGCCAUCCAAAAGCGCGAGGACUCGCUCGCAGCGCUCAAGAAGGAGCAUGCAAUCGAAGUGGAAGCGCUGCAGGAGCAGCUCUUGCUGCGCCAAGCAACCAACAUUACACUCCAGCACUCGACUGGCGAGCUUGAGAAGCUCAAGAAGCGCAUUUCGGAGCUCGAAGACGACGCCCUCAAAACAGCCAAGGAUCACGCCAAAGUUGUCGAGGACCUCAAUGCUGUCCACGCCGAGACUAUAGCAGCACUGGCGCUUGCACAAAAGAAAUGCAGCGAAGCGGACGCCGCACAAGCCUCGCAGCGCGACCAGCUCGACGCACAAACGAGUCAGCUCGAGGCCAAGCUCAAGCUCCAGGCGAAAGCGACCGAUGACAUGUCGCAGCAGCUGCAAGACGUGGAGCGUCAGCUUCAAGACACCAAGGACAAAUGGCGCACUGCCACUGCGCACGGCGACGAGCUGGCUCUACAUGUGCGCCGACUCGAAGACAAGGAACGCUCGGCAACAAUGGCGUUCGCGGACGAAAAGCGGCUUUUGGAACAGAGUGUGAAAUCCUGGCAAGACCGACUGCAAGCCGUCCAGCGCGAUUUGGAGACGCUUGGGGUCGCUGCAAAAGCAGAGAAGGAGGCCCACGCCCAUGCGCUCUCGGUCGCCAACGACGCUCUCAACGAGAUGCGGCGCGAGAAGGAGCGCGCCCUGGGCCAGUUUGGCGAAGUCCAAGCAUUAAAGAAGGACAACGAAAGCCUCAAUCUGGACCUGGGCCGUGUUCGGGAUCAAAAAGCAAAUUUGGAGUUUGAGCUUCGGAACCUGAAGCAAGCGCAGUCGGUGGACACUUCGCAGCUCAUGCAAUACAAAGUGCAAAUCGAGGAGUACGCGCGCAAGGAGUUUAUGGAAAAGCAGCGGUUCGAGAUGCUCGCGGGUGAAAAAGUCAGCAUUGAAAAAAAAAUUGGAGCCAUGGACGCCCAGAUUCAGACGCUUCGAGCCGAGCACCGGACCGACCUCGACAAGUAUUUAUACCGCAUCCGAGAGCUUGAGAGCCAAAAUGCACGGCUCGAAUAUGACAUUUCGCGCGCCGAAGAAAAGUUUUCGACAGCGGAAAAGUGGCGCCUCAAAGAAGUGAGCCGCGUCGAGCAGCGGGACACGGAGCUCUUGGAAAUUAAGGAAGAGCUUGGUCGUGCGAAGGCCCGCAACAUUGAAGGCGAGAACCACCAUUUGAUCAACGAACUUCGGGGCCAAACCAAGCUGCUCGAGCAAAAGAUUAUCGAGCUUGAGCGGGCGCUGGCCAACGAAGUGUCGGUCAAAACCCAGGCCGAGCGUCUCUGGGCCGCGGAAGCGGACAACGCCAAGAAGCAGUGGACGGCACAGAUCCCGCAGCUUGCUGCCGCCGCCACGCAGCGCGCGAGCGACGAGUGGAAGAAGCGGUGCGACGACAUGGUCGAGAAGAUCAAGGCCGAGUACCAAGACAGCUGGCUACAAGAGCGCCAGCAAACAACGACGCGGGAAGCGCAUUGGCACGAAGCGAAGCGCGACCUCGAGCGCCAGAUACAAACGUUUGCGUCCGAGAAGGACUUUCUCACCAAGGAAAUCUCGCGUCUCGAAGACAACAACAAACACCUCAUGGAACAGCUGCAUACGAUUCGAGUCUACCUGACGCAGCGACCGCUGCACGGAACGUUCCCACCGCCUCCGCAGGUCGUAUCGCCGGCACCCACCAAUGUGGCGACGGAUCCGCAGCUCUCAUCACACCUGCAACACCAGCUUGGCGUCCUUCACGCCCAGUUCCAACAGCUUUUUGAAGCGUCGACGACACCGCCGCCGGCUCCACGAUCCAGUUACGUGAGCGACUACAAGCCUGCACCAGAGACCCCGCUGCCAGAGACAGCACCCUCUGGCGCUCACCUCCUCGAAGAGAAGCAGCGACUCAUACGGUCCAUGGAAGACGUGGGCUUGCAACGAUCAUCGAGUGAGUGGAUACCGGUGAUCGACACGGCCGACCAGCGCAGCCUGUGGUAUCGGCAAGGCUAUUGGAGGUCAAAAUACACCUAAUACACGACUCCACAUCUUUGUACCACCA